UUCAGAUCAGAAAUUAUUUUAACUCAAAAACAUCAGAACCCAGAAGGGGCUGGCCCUCUAUUUCUAUAUAAAUAUCGCCCAUAGCGUCGUUGCCUUCUCCGUCACUCACAAUUCACAAAUCUGAGUGAGGGAUUCCCUUUUCUUCAUCCAGAAAAAAUGGCUUCCAGUUCCACUCAUCCCUCCUUCAUUCCUCUUCCUCUCGCCUUCUUUCUUCUCUCUCUCUUCCAGCUCUCCUUCGCUGCAAGGCAACUCUCCCAGUUGGCUCAGCACCAGGCCACGCUCCUCCACUACCACAACGGCCCUCUCAUCUCCGGCAAGAUCUCCGUCAAUCUCAUCUGGUACGGCAACUUCAAGCCUUCACAGCGCGCCAUAAUCACCGACUUCAUCACCUCUCUCUCCUCCUCCUCUCCACCUCAGGCCCAACCCUCGGUUGCCACGUGGUGGAAGACCACCCAGAAAUACUACCGCCUCGCCAAAUCCAACCCCUCUCUCUCCCUCUCCCUCGGCUCCCAAAUCCUCGACGACAAAUACUCUCUCGGAAAAACCCUCACCCAGAAACAGAUCGUCAAUCUCGCCUCACGGGGCGGUCGCCGGAACGCAGUCAACGUGGUGUUGACGGCGGCCGACGUCGCCGUCGAUGGGUUUUGCAUGAGCCGCUGCGGGACCCACGGGUCUUCCAAGAGCGGGCGGAUUAACGGCAAGAAUUACAAAUUUGCGUACAUAUGGGUUGGGAACUCGGAGACUCAGUGCCCAGGGCAAUGCGCGUGGCCUUUCCACCAGCCGGUGUACGGGCCGCAGACGGCCGCGCUGGCAGCGCCGAACGGUGACGUGGGGGUUGACGGGAUGGUGAUCAACCUGGCGAGCCUCUUGGCGGGCACGGCCACCAACCCGUUUGGGAGCGGGUACUACCAGGGCCCGGCCGGGGCUGGGCUAGAAGCCGGGUCGGCUUGCGCCGGGCUAUACGGGAAGGGAGCGUACCCUGGCUACGCCGGCGAGCUGUUGGUGGACCCGGCGACUGGUGGGAGCUACAAUGCGCAUGGUGCCAAUGGGAGGAAAUACCUUGUUCCUGCGCUCUAUGAUCCCACCACUACUUCCUGUUCCACUUUGGUCUGAUUUUGGGAGAUGAAGAAGAAAAGGAAAUGGAAAUGGGUCUUUCAUUAGGAAGUAGAGAUUGUUAGUUGUUACUUGUUGUUAGUGAGCUGAUACAUUCAUUCAUUUGUUGUAUUGUUAAUAAUAUACGAGCAAAUUGCAAUUGCUCAUUGCUGGCUGGCAUUUUGCUUUUAUACCAUACCAUGAGACAAUGACAUGCAAAACUCCAGUUUAAUUAUAAUUAAGAUUCAGGUAUUAUUUGAACAAGGAUUAUAAUUUUUGUCAAUCAUAAUGCUUUACAUAUAUCAAACUAUUAUUGAAAUUAAAAAUAAAAACAAAAUGUCAAAUAAAAAAAAAAAAAA